AUAAAUAUAUAAACAACAUGGCGCUGAACAGCUGAUCGUAAAUUGUAAACAGUGGCCCUGGGACUGGGUGAAUUGCGUAACAUCCCCGCAAUACUCGACAUCUAGUUACUGUGAUAGAAAUCGGGAUAAAAAAGGGUACAGAUUCCGCUUGAAACAUCAAGCUAGUUGCUCUGGAGUCAAUGACAUAAAUAUUGAAACAUUUUGACCAGCUUUUCAGCCUAUUCUUCAUCACCAUGCCUCGGUGCAAGGCUGCGGUAACCCUUCAGCACCUCUGUAUCAGCAAUAUCACAACCAACGUGCGCUACUGGACUCAGGAUUAUGAAGACAAGCUACUCGACAAGGGCAGGUUCCGUCAUCUGCUAGGACCCUUUGAUGAAAUACCCAGUUCUAUGCUAAUCCAAGAUUUAGCCGAUGAAUUGAUCCGCCGGCGGAAACUCACCCGAUCCUCUCUUCAUUUGCUCAUCAAUGGUGGUCUGCUUCAGCACUUGGACUUCAGCGAUUGCCCUCGUCUCAUCACAGAUGAAAUUGUUUACAUGAUUGCUGACAAGUGCAAGAAAGUAAAGACCCUGAUCCUAUCAGGCUGCAGCCGCGUCUCUAGCCAAGCAUUCGAGAUCCUUGCCAACAACAUACCCUUUGCAGUCCGGUUGGACUUUUCAAAUACAAAGAUUGGUACCCUAGCCAUCCAGUCUCUCUUCAGAUCGUGUAGUGACCUACAAGAACUUGCUCUAAGACACUGUCAGGUAUGUGAUAAUGAUGUUGGUGUACUUUGCAACAUGGCUAUGCAGAAGGAACGGUUUGGUUUGCGCAAGCUCGACUUGUCAUCGUCAAUGGUUACAGACAUGGGCAUCAGGGCCCUGCUGCGAUCUAUCCCACAACUCCAGGAAUUUCACUACUCCAACCUUAUUGGAUGCAUCAUCGCAGAAUCGCCCAUCACAGAGGAGUUUGAGCACCAGUAUCUCCUGCAGCUUCCACACCUUGGUCAAGAAUCUUCCCUGUUUUCGUCUUCCGCAGUAGAUACUAAGAUGGGACAGACAAGUCUUAGGAUGUUGGAAUGUACAGAUUUUUGUAAUAUCACGGACAGCCACCUUAAACUCAUCUCUUUCCUCUGUCCAAAGCUGGUGUCCCUUGAUCUGCGGUUCGCACGAGGGUUCUCCAGUGCUGGUCUCACAGAUCUCUUGCAUCUUCUCCACUUGAAAGAACUGAAACUCGCCAGCUCAGAUCUACUGUCCUUUGAAGGGGCACUUCUUGCCUUCCUCAGACGAAAUGGUAAUCAACUGACACUGUUAUCACUGGAGGACUUUGAUGGGAUUGAUCUUCAUCUGGUUGGUCAACUCUGUCCUCAUCUGCAAAAGCUCUUGAUCUUCAUGACAUCUGACAAUGCUGAUUUUACUUCCGGAGAAUAUGGAAAUCUCUCAACUCAGACUCCCUUCAAGCAUCUUGAAGAGCUUGCUCUGUGGUGUAGCAAUGCAAACUCGACCAUAACACCCGACAUCCUCAACACUGUGCUUCCGCACUGCCUGUCCCUGAGGUCACUGGAGGUCAUCAGGGUUGCUGGGCUUACAGACUCUGUCCUCCAUGAAGCUAUAGAUAGCCACUGCUUCCUCAAACUGAAGUCUCUUACCCUUCAUGAAUGUAAUGCUGUCAGUAGAGCUCCAAUCUCAAGACUGAUCUUGGACGAUCGGAACAUUCUGGAAACCUUGACACUCAUGGAUUGCUUCAGCACCACCCGUAGAGACUAUGAAGGUUGGCUCAAGUUGGUCAAGAGAUGCAACUAUAAACUCACUCUAGCAUGGAAAUGAGUCUACAUGUAGAUGCAGUCAUAUACAUCACCUAAGUAAUUAAAAGUACCAUACUAUUCAUGUGAAGAACAUUGUAUCUGCUUAGAAUGUAAGGAUUUUGUAUUCCCUCACCUGGACAUAUAGCAAAAAUUAAACUCCUAUUUAAGUCACAUUCAUGUUCAAGCCUGUGGACUCUUCUUUUUAAUACUGCAUGGAUUUGUAUUGAUUACUUAAAAGGCAAUGAUUUUUGUAAACAUAGAAUGUACAUGUAUAAUAAACACCUGAUAAUAAGACCAAGCUAAAAGAGAAAUGUGGCAAGAUGCUAUCGGCAGUGGAGCAUUAUUUACGUGUUUUAAGUUGAAUGAUCCAAUCAGUAAUAUCAAGUUUGGUGUUGAGAGCUUGGAAGAGGCUGCUGAACCAAUCUCCAACACCGCGCUGGGUUCAGAAAGCCGCAAUAACAUUACGCCUCUGCUGAUCAUCUCACCUUCACUCAAAAAGAUCAGAUGAUGAAAGUGAAUCUUAGGAGAAAUUUGCAGUAAAAUCUCAUUUUACAGAAUGCAAAGGCUAAAAUCACUUCAAGAAUCUGAAAGAUUAAAUGAAAUUGAUCAUUAAAAUACAUGUAUACAAAGCUCUAUUGAUUUGCACUCGCCCGUAAAAGUUAAUUUUAUCACGAUGUUUAAUACUGGUUGUUGGCCUGAGAUUACCAACACCAAACUUAAAAACAAUCCCAGGGGAUGGUGUUGGUACUUUGUAGAUGGGGAAACUACACCUAGAUCGCGACACUGACUGCAAUACUCGGUCUAGCGGGCGACAUUCAACACCAACUUUAACCCUUAUCUACAGGGGGGUCAAUUUCAUCACUACACCGUCGCGCAAAUUUUUUUGACAGCGCUGCUCACUGACUUAUUGCUUUCAAGUCUUGCACAUCUUUUGAGACUAAAUUUUUGUCCGACGGGUACGUGGUUCGAAAUUACGCAACAUUUCUAAGGGCAUGUCAGACCCAAAAUUGCUCAAAAACGUGAUUCCAUGCACAAGGUCAAUGCAAAUUGUGUUUUUCAACCAAAACUCAAGGUAUGAUUAUUUUUCACUUUUGUUGCUUUAAAUGGAUUUAUUUUGUGCUAUGAAAUUGCAAAAGGGUCCCUGACAAAGUUCAUCGGAAAAAACAAUAAAAAACCAAGGUUUGAAACAACAAAGAAAUACGUAAGAACAUUUUGGCAAUUCUUUCGUCGAUAUUUGUUAGAAAUGUAAAAAUUGAUACUCUCACCAAAAAUUAGCACUCUACUAGUUAUAUAAAGUGAGUUAAAGGCAAAAACACACACUAAAAAAAUAAAUUUAGGGCAAAUUUCAUACGCUUAUAUGCAUAAUUUAUUGAUUAAAAAAUAUAAACAAUUUUUUGAACGUUUUACUAUACAGUCUUGCAGUUUACAUCCGGCUGUACACACGUGCAGAUUUUCGCGGCGAUCACGCAAUAAGCAGCUGAGAUCUGAGGGGGGUCGAAUCGACCCCCCCCCCCCCCAGAAACACAAUUUUUUUUCCCCCCAAGUCAUUACCAAUUACCAGCCUCAUUUGAAGUAUGGUUUUGUGGCUAGUGUUGGGGUGUUGUUACAACCAGAUAAAACAUUGUGCUUGAAAUCAUGCAAUGUAUGUUAAAAGAAUACCGCAGUGGUGCAUUUUCAACCAGUCUAAAAAUUUUGCUUACAUGAAAGUUAUGAAGAGCUUUAUGAAUAGGCUCUCAGAUGUACUGCAUAUUCUAGUAUAUAUGUAGAUCAAUAUUUAGAGGUCUUGGUCAGAUUCCUUAGUACAUGUAGUGUGAAGGAAACAGAAAAUUUGACAUUGUAACUUUGAAGAUAUUUUUCACACUUUUCUCUUAUUCUUUUGUAAGAGUUUACUGAAAGGACAAGUCCACCCCAACAAAUUUGAAUAAAAAAAAAUAAAAUUGAAAGAAAAAUCCAACAAGCAUAGCACUAAAAAUUUCAUUAAAAUCAGAUGUAAAAUAAAACAUUUAUGACAUUUUAUAGUUCCGCUUUAACUUCACGAAACAGUUACAUGUAUAUGCACAUCCUAGUCUGUAUGCAAAGGAGGGGACUGAUGAUGUCACUCACUCACUAUAUCUUUUGUAUUUUACCAUGUUCUUCUUAUUGACCUGUGAAGCAUAUUUUCAUUCCUCCCUGAUCAUGUACCAUUGUUUUAACAUUUCAUGGUUAAAUCAAGUUGGUCCUUAUUGUCAAAUCUGUAAAAAAUGAAAUAUUGUUUAAAAAAAAUAAAAUAAAACAAAGGAAAUAGUGAGGGUCAUCAUCGACUCUAUCAUUUGCAUGUCACUAAGUUGUGCAUGUAACUGUUUUAUGAAAAAUAAGCAAAACUUUAAUACAAAAUGUCAUAACUUUCCUAUUUUACAUUUCAAUUAAAUUUUCAGUGUUAUGCUUGUUAGAUUUUUCUCUGUUGAUUCACAUUUAAAAUUUUCUACGGUGGCUUGACCUUAAAGAGAGAACAAAGGGAAUUACAGAACUCUGUCUGGCAGUGAAUAACUGCACUCUUAUGCAUGAAUGGGUUAUAUUACAGAAUUAUGAGCAAGAACUAUGAAUGAAUAUUAGAUUCUUGUAUGUAAUGUAGGAAUGUGCAAUAUUUUAUUUGCGACAGAAUAUUUUAUAUUUAGCACAUACAUGUAAAUAUAUUUUUUAGCACAAAAUAUUAAAUUGUUUUUUUUAAUGUGCCUUCAUAUGCAUGUAAUUAUGAAAUGAAUUAUUUAUGAUCAAAGUUUGCUGCAAAGAAACUUUUGAGAUACAGAUAUAUAUUCAUAUUGUUUUUAUUGUAAUAAGAAAAUCUGUUUUUGUAUGUUUAUGUAUUCAUCACAUAUGCUUCUGUUGUAGCCAUUACAUGUAGCAGUUAUACAUUUCUGAAAUUGAAAUCAUCAUUAAGGUUAUAUUUUUGUAAGUUUUAUGUUGACUUUGUAGUGUUGAUGUUAAACAGAUUUUAACAACAGCAAAGCACCAACCAAACAUUAAAACAAAGCUUGUACUCUG